CUUUGGACAACCAUCUCCACCAGCUUUCCACGCAGAAAGUUCCAGGUUAAAUCCUCAGCUGAGCCUUCGGGUCGCUCUGAUAAUAAUCCAUGUUGCUGCUAAUUAAUAAUGCUUUUAAACAUUUCUAUCCCACAUCGGACCUAAAUCAGCAGGAACUAUUUUUUCUCCAUUUCUUUAUUUAUACUUUUCCAGUUCAUACAUUUCACUUAUUUUAUACAUUUAACUAAUUUUACCAUCAUUUUGACAUUUCAAAACUUCCUUCCCCCUCUUUCUGCGGUUCUUUAAAUUUGUUUUUAAUAUCUUCUGCCUAUCCAAAUUAACUUAAUUUACUCAUUUAUUCAUCUUCUUUAAAUAUAUACUCUUACAGAACUGCAGAUUAUUACAACAACCCUGCCAAUGUUUUUAUCUGUUUAUAAUUUACCUGUAAAUAUUCAAUAAACCAUUUAAGUACAUUCUUUUGUAAAAAAAAAAAUGCUAUCUUGAUUUCUUAUUGAGCAGGAACUAUUCCCACACCCUUUGUAGUUCGCUUUUGCUUCUGGGUGGCAGAUACAGGUGUGGUUAAAAGAAUAAUAAUUACAAUGUUUAUAUAUUUAUCACAUUCUCCGCCCUCUGCGUGCGAAGGGAGGGGGGGAAGUCUCAAGGGGCUUCGAAACUGUUGCCUCCAGAUCACUGAGGGGUCACUCUAACUCUUCUCAUUACAUAUCUCUAUGGAGGCAGAAGGCCUAGGAGCUGCUCUCUAUGGUCCCGGAAGCUCUAUGGUGCGGCGGUGCCCGAUGGGAUAGCGAGGGCCUCCUUCCCUCUCUUGACCCCCCCCCAAGUCUCCCCGGCCUGUCAUGGCGGCGUCCUGGUUUCUGUGGCCUUUGCUGUCACUCCAGCUGUUUCUCCUGCUCUCGCCUCACCCAGCGGACGCCGUUUACGAGGACCAAGUGGGCAAGUUUGACUGGUGGGUGACAGGCCGAACUGACCUCACCUGCGGAACUCCCCGCCACAGGAAGUGCUGAUAUGAGGGAGGGAGGUUUCUAAUAUAAGCUGGUGGAGGGAAAGAGAACCCCUGAUCAGUCACUCCUAGUUCAAACCCCCAUAAUUGAUUGAUUGAUUGCAGACCCUCCGUUCUUUGAUGUUGCCUAAUGUUAAUAUUUAUUUAUGCAUGUAUGUAUGUAUCCCACCUUUUUCCCUAACAGAGACUCAAAGUGGUUUACAUAGCAAAUCUGGAUUAUUUUGAAAGUUGCGUGAAGUUUUGCAUUAAAUGUUCGGUGCCUGACAGAACUGACCACAUUAUUUCACUGCUUUCUGCUGUGUGCUCUUCAUUAUUUUUAGAACAAAAAUACACCCCUUUGUGUUUCUAAUAGGAGACAGCAAUAUGUGGGAAAGCUUAAGUUUGCCUCCUUGGAAGCUUCGCAGGGCUCCAGGAAGCUCAUUGUGGCCACCGAGAAGAAUGUGAUGGCUGCUCUGAACUCCAGGACAGGAGACAUCUGUGAGUAUCUCUUAGGCAGUGGACAGGACAGGGCCUGUUUAUACCUAUUGCUCUGAUAGACACAUUGGUGAUAACCUCUGCAUGAGGAGCAGGGGCUUGAGUGGAUGUGCAACUCAGACUAAGGCAACUUCGCAUGUGGAGUACCCGUAUUUUUCGCCCUAUAGGGCGCACCGGCCCAUAGGGUGCACCUAGUUUUUUUUGGGGGGGGAAUAAAAAAAAUUAAUUUCCCCCCCAUAGGCGGGGCUGGGGCGGGCGAAGCCUGAGCUUCCCCCGACCCCAGCCCCCAGAACAGACUGCUAUCCGCAAGCCUUGGGAGCCCGGUGGGAACUCCCGCCGGGCUCCCCAGUCUUGUGGAUAUCUGCCCGAAGCCUGGGGCGCGCUGCUCAGUGCGCCCCAGGCUUCGGGAUGCAGGCUGCUAUCCGCAAGCCUGGGGAGCCCAGCGGGAACUCCCGCGGGCUCCCCAGGCUUGCGGAUAGCUUCCUGAAGCCAGGAGAGCGAGAGGGGUUGGUGCGCACCGACCCCUCUCGCUCUCCAAGCUUCAGCGAAAGCCUACAUUCACCCCAUAGGAUGCACACACAUUUCCCCUUCAUUUUUGGAGGGGAAAAAGUGUGUCCUAUAGGGCAAAAAAUACGGUAUUUGCUCUGAGUGCAUUAGGCUAAUGGUAACAGUACCACUCUAUUCUGCCUUGGCCAGACCACAUCUGAACACAGUGUCUAGUUCUGAGCACCACAAUUUAGGAAGGAUAUUGACAAGUGUGAUCGUGUGCAGAGGAGAGCGACCAAGUUGAUCAAGGGUCUGGAAACCAAGCCUUAUGAGGAACGGUUGAAGGAGCUGGGAAUGUUUAGUCUGGGAAAGAGGAAACAGAGAGGGGAUACGAUAGCCAUCUUCAAGUAUCUAAAGGGCUGUCGGAUGGAAGAGGGAACAUGCUUGUUUUCUCCUGCUCUGGAGGGUAGGACUCAAACCAAUGGCUUCAAGUUACAAGAAAGGGGAUUCUGACUAAACAUCAGGAAUAACUUUCUGCCUAUAAGAGUGGUUUGACAGGGGAACGGGUUCCCUUGGGAGGUUGUGGACUCUCCUUCCUUGGAGGUUUUUAAGCAGAGGUUGGAUGGCCAUCUGUCAGGGAUUCUUGAGCUGCGAUUCUUGCAUUUCAAAGGGUUGGACUACAUGGUCCUUGGGUCCCAUCAAACCCUGCAAUUCUGGGAGGAAUGGGUGCUAUUAGACAAAAUGCCCCAACCCUUGAAAUGUAGCUUCCUCUGUUCAUCGGACUCCUGUUUCUUUUUAAGUGUGGCGCCACGUGGACAAAGGAACUCCUGAAGGAGCGAUAGAUGCAAUGCUGAUCCAUGGACAAGGUAAGUGAAGCAUUUGUAUUCUAGCUGAGUUAUUAGGUCUGUAGUGCUGGCCAUAAUAUUUCUUAACGAUCUCACCUCCCCACAAAUUCUGGUUCUUUGAGUGUUCUCAUUUUACAGAAAGGAAGACUGAGAGUUCUUUCUUUUUUAUUAUUAUUAAAGAUUUUCUUGUUUUACAGAAGUAAGUGUAAUGUCUCUCGUAUUUUUUCCAUGUAACAUUUUUACUAAUCCGUUUCAUUUGUUGAGACGUUACGGGGAGAAUAAAAAAGGGGGGUGGAGGGAGGGAAGAUGGGGUGGGGUGGGGUAGGGUGGUGAUGUUUCUAUUAUGCUUAAUGUAUGUAGGGUUUGGUGUCAGCGUUGCUUGUGCUGUUCACUUGUGUUCCUUUGGUGGUGAGAGAGGUUGGGGUUGGCCUAGGGUGUGGUUGGUUGUUUGUGAUUGGCUGUGGGUGUUUUGGAUCAGGUUAGCCAUAUUGAUUUGUAUGCUGUUGGUGGAUUAUUGUCAUUGUCUUGUUGGGCUGUGUAUGUGAUAAAGGGGAGCCAUACUGGGGUAAAGGGAAGACUGAGAGUUGAGAGACAAAACUAUGAGCCCAGCAAGUCCUUGGCUGUUUUACAAUAGGGGCAGGGAGCCUUGUUUUUUCACUUGAGGCCUGCAUUCCCUACUGAGUCAAAAGUGGGCAGAGCAACAAGUGUGAAUUUUACCUUAGCACAGUCUGGUUUCUACACACACACACGCAUAUGCCUCUCUUUAUCCUUUGUCUGGGCAUGCAAGAACCAUUAUAGGAGUCCAAGGACAUAAUUGCAGUCAUAUAAAUCCCUCAAGGAGGGUGCUGAGCUGGUCCAGGAUAGGGUAUGUCCUGGGGAGAGUCCUGUGUUCUUCGUCCCGUUCUAUAGAGUUGAACACAAAUGGAUGAGACGGAGUGGCUGCAGGCCUUGCUUGUUCCAAAACAAAAUGAGGAAAGUCAGGUGUAGAUUCACCACCUCUUUAUUAUGAAGGAGGGAUACGCUUCUUCUGAGCUCUGUUUGUGGGUACUUAUAAUAUACUGGCUGUUUUCACCACCCCAUCAUAUAGAUGCCAUCACUGUCUCCAAUGGUGGUCGCCUCCUGCGCUCCUGGGAGACCAACAUCGGGGGCUUGAACUGGGAGAUAUCGAUGGAUGCUGGCAGGUGAGAAUUUUGGGUGGGUGGGUGGAAUGUUGGGGAACUCGUUUACAACCUUUUGGGGGGUAAUGGCAGAUUUUUAAACACCAUAUGUAGGGUCCCGUUGAUCAUGUUCUUCCUCUGCAUUGUGAGUGUAUACAGAGGUUGAUUCUCCCACGAUUAAGAACUCUUUCCCUGGAAAAUCUUCUGUAGACGUUAUGUUCUUUUGCUUGAGGGAUGCUUCUUCCCAUUUUAUUGAAAGGGUUGCAGAAAGCUUUCUGACUUCAGCAUAAAUAAGGUGUAGUAUUUUGUCUGUUCCUUGGAAAAAAGAAGUACAUUUGUAGAGACCUGCACUGGUUGCCGAUUUGCUACCGGACCAAGCUCAAGUUGUUACUUUUAAUAAAUAAAGCCCUGAGUGACUUGGGACCAGUUUGCUUGUGAGAUCACCUUACCUUACCCCAUACAAGCCCACUUGACCGCUCCAGAGAGAGAGAGAGAGUGAGUUUUGGAUUUGAUAUCCCACCUUUCACUCCCCUUCAGGAGUCUCAAAGCGGCUAACAUUCUCCUUUCCCUUCCUCCCCCACAACAAACACUCUGUGAGGUGAGUGGGGCUGAGAGACUUCAGAGAAGUGUGACUGGCCCAAGGUCACCCAGCAGCUGCAUGUGGAGGAGCGGAGACGCGAACCCGGUUCCCCAGAUUACGAGACUACCGCUCUUAACCACUACACCAUACUGGCUCCAAUCUAUGGAACUGGCACUUUUGCAGAAGCCACAUAAUACUUGUUCCACAUUUUUUAGAAAUUGCUCUUUUAGUGUGGCAGCACCCACACUGCGGAACUCCUUGCUGAUUAACAUUAGGCACACACCUUCACUCUUCUCUUUUUGGGGCCUGCUAAAAGCACACUUGUUUAGGCUGGCCUAUCCAGGCAUAUAGAACGCUGGUGCCUGUUUUAAUCUGGCUUUUAACUUAUUGUUGGUUUUAAUUAUUUUGGAAUGUUUUCAAUAGCUGUUUUUAAUUGGCUUCCCCGCCCUUCCCUUAUAAUUCCAUUCUUUUGUUCUUUUCAUAAACUACUUUGAGGUUUGUUUCUGCGGUCAGGCAUCGUAUCAGUUUUGUGAAACAAAAUGAAUCUCAUCCUCUAGUCAUAAUUGUUUUAGCUAGUUGUGUUUGUAAUUCUGCGGUGAGUUCUCUUGGUCUGUGGCUGUAAUAAACCAUUUGUGUGUCUGACUGUUCAAGUUUUCAGAUGGCUAGUUUGGUGGGACUUCAGGACAUGGUGAAACACGUAGCCAUCUUGAAGAAGAACGUGCUCUCUCUUCACUACCUCUCCAACGGCCAUCAGAAGUGGUUAGAGCAUUUGCCAGAAAGGUAGGAGGUGAUCGUGGGCCGUGCUCGUCUCUGGUUCAGGGAGGGGCUGUAGCUCAGUGGUAGAACACCUGCUCUGCAUGCAGAAUGUCCUAGGUUCAAUCCAUCUCCUGGAAGGGUUGGGAAAUAAUAGACCCAAGUAGCUAAGUGCUCUGCCAUACCCCCCCCCAAAUAAAUUACGCUCCCACACAGGCAGAAAAUCAUUAGGUCAUUGUCUUCAUAGGAGGCAAACGGGGUCUGCAAAUGGGGUGUUGAUUCUGCUUAUUCAGAAUUUAGAUUCCUCAAGGGCCUUUAGGUUCUUCUUAUGCACAUUGGGAUGGAUCAGUUAAACAAGAACAAGUGGGAUACGAAAACACACGGGAAGGGCCGUAGCUGUUGACAGAGCACCUGCUUUGCAUGCGGAAGGUCCCAGAUUCAUCUCCUGGUAGGCCUGGGAAUGUCCUCCACCUGAAACACUGGAGAGCUGCUGCUGGUCAGUGUAGGCAAUGCUAGCUAGCCAGACCAGUGGUUUUGACUUGCUGUAAGACCCUUUCCUAUAUAUUCCAGCUGCUCCAUUCUCUUCCACCUCCUCCACCCUCCUCUCACGGUUUUCUGUUUUAUCUGCCUUCUGAUCAGCUAAUCGGUCAACUUUCCAUGCUCACAGUCCUCAUUGGUCUGAUCUUGGGGCUCCCUUCUCCUCAACUUAAGUCCCCCCUCUUUUUUUGGUACUUCUACAAACCUUUGGGUGCCCCCCAGUCUGGUGAUGUGCAUAUGGUGCUGUUUUGCCUGUGGAAGUAACAUCUCCAGCAGCCUGAUCAUUGGAUAUGAGUUGUCAUUCCAUGUAAAUCUGAAGACAUUUAUUACUGAAGGUUGCACCUUCAUGUUCAGGGGCAGCCUACCACUGAUUACUAGGUUCUGGGGGUAAACAAGGGGCAGCUGCUCUUGUUAUGCUUCCUCGGGGCUGCUUUGCUGGUAGGCUGGAAGGUGACCACGUAGAUCCUGGAGCAAGCCUGGAGCUUCCAAGCUCUACCUUCCCCCGUCCCCCAAAGACUUGUGGUGACAGCCGGCUGACUUAAUCAACUUCUGAUAUUCCUUGCUAGUGAGGUUGUCCAGUAUCAGCUGGUGUAUUCCCACGGGACAGGGUCGGUGCACGCAGUUGGAGUCAGUCCUCAAAGCCACUUCAGCAUCGUAACCUUCAGCGUUGAGGAUGGAGAGAUCACAAGACAGGUAGGAUAAGGUCUGGGCUCAGAAUGGGAUUUCUGUUUCCUCGCGAAAAGCUGGGUUUUUGCUUACUUUUUUCUCCAGGAGGGAGGAUGGCAUUUGGGAAAUUUGCAGAUUUAAGGCUGUGAUUCUGUGUGUGCUUACUUGAGGGUGAACUUGACUGACCCCUGUGAGAAUUAUUCCUGAGUAGCACUGCAGUGUUUAAUCAAUUGGGUUAGUAAACUGUAACUGUGCACUCCAGAGGUGAUUGGACUGCCAGCUUCCAUCCAAUAAAGCGAGAUGAGAGCCGCAACCCCAGAGUCGGUCACGACUUUACGUUUACCUUUAGCAGGGACGCGAGUGGCGCUGUGGGUUAAACCACAGAGCCUAGGACUUGCCGAUCAGAAGGUCGGCGGUUCGAAUCUCCACGACGGGAUGAGCUCCCGUUGCUCGGUCCCUGCUCCUGCCAACCUAGCAGUUCGAAAGCACGUCCAAGUGCAAGUAGAUAAAUAGGUACCGCUCCAGCGGGAAGGUAAACGGCGUUUCCGUGUGCUGCUCUGGUUCGCCAGAAGCAGCUUAGUCAUGCUGGCCACAUGACCCGGAAGCUGUAUGAUGGCUCCCUCGGCCAAUAAAGCGAGAUGAGCGCCGCAACCCCAGAGUCAGUCACGACUGGACCUAAUGGUCAGGGGUCCUUUUACCUUUACCUUUAGCACUGCAGUGUUUAAUCAAAUGGGUUAGUAAACUGUAACUGUGCACUCCAGAGGUGAUUGGACUCCCAGCUUCCAUCAACCCAGCCAGCACAGUUAGUGGUCAGGGAUAACAGGGGUUGUAGUCCCAACAACAUCCAGAGGAACCACAGGCUCUCCAUCCCUAUAUUAAAAGAAGGCAGAGGUAGCUGGGGACAGUAAAGGCAAGGGAUGGAGGGAGCUAGCUGAGGGGCAGCAAAAGCAAGAGUUCAAGGACAAGGAACUUGCGGCCAUCUAUCUGCCUGUUGGACUCAGCCCCAGACAGUUUGACCAACUGUCAGGGAUUAUGGGAGCUGUGGUCCAGCAUCAUCUCAAGGGCACCGUGUUGGCACCGCUGAAUCGUCACAAAACCUUUUGAUUGACUAAAAAGGAAAAACAGCAACAGGUGCCCUUGAUAAAUUGGGCAGCAUAUUAUAUCAAUAUUUAGACUCUUAAUGAAAAUGUCUCUGCUGUGUGUGGUGGUGAAGGGAGCUGCUGUUGGGGAUGCGAAUCCAGUUUCUCAACACUUUUUUCCUUCUGCAGGUCAGGGUGGCAGCCCCUUGGGCAAGGACUCUGAAUGGAGCUUGUGGUGUGGUCGGAGAGGGAGUCCUCUUGUGCGCCGACUCAGCCACUCACUCACUCUAUGCCUUGUCCCUGGAUUUGGGGGAAGAGGUGAAGCAGAUUCCACUGCAGGUGAGGGGGUCUAGGAAGCAGGCUGGUAACUUUGGAUGGGUUUGGCUUUCAACUUGGAGUAUCUGAAGGGUUACUAGCUAUGGCAGCUAUGAUCUCCUUCCCCUGUUGGAGGUAGUGUGCCUCCUCUGAAUGCCAGUUAAUAAUCAUAAUACCUUUGAUUUAUUAAUUGCCUUCUAAACAUUACUCUCAAGGCAAUUGACAUACAUGAUACAGUGGAACCUCGGCUCGUGAACGCCUUGGGAGCUGAACAUUCCGGAUCCUGAAUGAUUGAAAACCGGAAGUGAUUGUUUCAGUUUUUGAACAUUCUUUGGAAGCCGAACAUCCAGCGCUGCUUCCGAUUGGCUGCAGGAAGCUCCUGCAGCCAAUCAGAAGCCGCGCCUUGGUUCCCAAACCAUUUUGGGAGUCGAAUGGACUCCCGGAACGCAUUCUGUUCAGGAGCCAAGGUUCCACUGUAGUUAAAAACAGAUUUUGUUUUGGUUUUUGUUUAAAGAUGCAUUCAAAACAAGACUAAAAACCUAACAAGUGGCUACUCUUGAUAAAGACCCAUUUAGUUAUCUGGGAAAACCUGUCAGGACAAAAAUGUCCCCAGUUUUUUCCAGAAAGCGCAUUUACUGGGAAUCCCCAAGUCGGGCGAUUGCUGCUGUGCUCAGAUUCUGUGCACAGAGUUUGGUGAGAUCAGAGCUCUGCGUUGUGAUGACUUAUUGGGCUAGAUUCAGCUGUGCUCUUCCAGUGGCUUUUGUAACGCAGCUGAUUUUCCCGUCUUUUUGACGCUGCACCAUCUGUGUCAGCGAACCCCUGUGGGAAGUUCAAUAACAUGGAUAGCCUCCAUGGAGGAGGAGAAUGGCUAUCAAUGGCUGCAAACCACGACAGCUGUGCUCUACCCCUGUAGUCCGAGGCCUUUGAGUACCAACCAGUUGUUGGAAAUCACAAGCAGAGAAAGUUCUGCCUUUCCAUUCAGGCAUCCUUUUAAGACUUCUGGUUGACCACUGCAAGAACCAGAUGCUGGCUUAGAUGAGUAUUUGACCAGAUCUAGCUUCAGGGCCCAUGCUUUUACGUUAUAGGAUGUAGUGAUAGCUGUCAGCUAGGAUUAGGCAAAUUCCCCUGUUGGAGGCCAUUUGCCUCUGAAUCCCAGGUGCUGGGAAUUGCACAUGGCAGAGUGCUGUUGUGCCCAUAUCCCAGUUGCUGGUUUCCCAUUGAGGCAACUGGUGGGUAACUGUGAGAACAGGGUGCUGGGCCAGAUGGGCCAGUGGUCUGAUCCAAUGUUCUUGCGUAGCAAUGGAUACCAAUUUGGAUUACACAAAUCCAUGGGGAAUAGGGCCAUCAGUGGCUAUAUUCUCUCUCCACUGCCGGAGGCAAACGGGGAGAGCUGUUGUUGCUCUCUGGUCCUGCUUCCGAUUCCCAGAGGCAUCCUUUGGUUGGCCGCUGGAUGCUACAGGGCUCUUCUAUAUAAUAAUAAUAAUAAUAAUUUGUUCUUUAUACCCCGCCCAUCUGGCUGAGUUUCCCCAGCCGCUCUGGGCGGCUCCCAAUCAAGUGUUAAAAACAGUACAGUGUUAAAUAUUAAAAACUUCCCUGAACAGGGCUGCCUUCAGAUGUCUUUUAAAGAUAGGAUAGCUGCUUAUUUCCUUGACAUCUGAUGGGAGGGCGUUCCACAGGGCGGGCGCCACUACCGAAAAGGCCCUCUGCCUGGUUCCCUGUAACUUGGCUUAUCGCAGUGAGGGAACUGCCAGAAGGCCCUCGGCGCUGGAUCUCAGUGUCUGGGCUGAACGAUGGGGGUGGAGACACUCCUUCAGGUAUACAGGACUGAGGCCGUAUACCUCCUCUUACAUCUCACGUUUGCCUGACUUGCCUCCACCUCUUCCCCCCUCCACAGUCCCUUGGUCUGGAGUUUGCCAGCGGCUUCCGCCCCCGUUUGCUUUCCUCUCAGCCCAAUUCCGCCAGCGCUUCCCGCACCCAGUUCUUCCUGCAGCUGUCUCCAAGCCACUUUGCGCUGCUCCAGCAUCGGAACGGCGUACUGAGCCUCCUCCGGGAUUUUCCGCAGGUAAAAGGAAAUGGUGCCCUACUACUAUUAUUUUUAAAAAGGAAAAAUGAAGAGGAGAAGCUGUUGCUGCAGUGCCAACACCUUGAUGUUUACCUGUUAAAAGCCAGUCCCUUUGAGGAAUGUUACCAACUCUCCGCAGAUGUACAUUGAGAAAGGGCUGUAGCGCAGUGUGCGUGAUCUCUCCAUAGAUCAGGAAUGAGGAACCUGUCAUCCUCCAGAGAUUGUUGGACUCCAACUCCCAUCAGCUCCAAUGAUUGGUCAUGCUGGCAGGUGGGAUGGUGGGAGUUGUAGUCCAGUAAAUUCUGGAAGAUCACAAGCUUCACAUCCCUACAUUAAAAGAAGGCAGAGCUGUGAUGGCAGUAACCCACCUGUAAACGUAAGUGAUGGUCUAGUUAGUGGGUAGGGAACCUGUGGCGACCUAGAGGAUGUUGGACUACAACUCCCAUCAGGCCCAGACAGCAUGGCCAGUGGCCAGGGAUGAUGAUGGAGCCCAGCAAUGCCUGGAAGGUGACAGGUUUCCGCAUCUCUGCUGCAGAAGGCUCCAGGACACCUGUUUUAAAAAGAUCAGGGGCAGUCGGUUUGAGAAGUUCUCCCACAUACCAUAUUUUUCGCCCCAUAGGGCGCACCGGCCCAUAGGGCGCACCUAGUUUUUUGGGGGGGGAAUAAAGAAAAAAAAUUAUUUCUCCCCCAGGCACGGGGCUGGGGCGGGGGAUGCAGGCACAGGGAUGCAGGCAGCGCCGGGCUCCCACGGCUUGUGCAGAGCUGCGCGAAGCCUGGGGCGCGCUAAGCUCAGCGCACCCCAGGCUUCGGGAUGCAGGCAGUUCUCCAAAAGCCAUGGGAGCCCGGCAGGAACUCCGGCGGGCUCCUAAGGCUUGGGGAUAGCUUCUUGAAGCCUGGAGAGCGAGAGGGUUCGGUGUGCACCAACCCCUCUCGCUCUCCAGGCUUCAGCGAAAGCCUGCAUUCGCCCCAUAGGACGCACAUACAUUUCCCCUUCAUUUUUGGAGGGGAAAAAGUGCGCCCUAUAGGGUGAAAAAUACGGUAACUACAGCCCAUCUGCUUUGCAUGCAGAAGGUCCCAGGCUCUAUCUCUGACAUCUCCAAGUAGGUCUGGGAAUGUCCCGCUUUCUAAAACCCUGAAGGACCACUGCCAGCUAGUGCAGACAAUACUGAACUAGAUGGACCAGUGGGUCUGAUUCAGUAUAAGGCAGCUUCCUUAUGUUAUCGAAAUCCCUCUCUGCUCGAAACCUUGGGAACUCUGUCUCUGUAAGAGGAAGAUCUGAGCAGGGUGAGCUGGUGAUGUGACUCAGUGCAGGGAUUUUUCAGUAGGCAGCCAGUCCUCCUGUAGUCUGAUGUUCAAGCUCAGGUUUAUUGCCUAAGCUCCUAGGCCAGGGUCACCCAAGGGAACUUUUAUCUAAGUGCACCUCUCACCCCACCAAGCACAGUGUUUCUUCCUGGAGCGUUUUCCUUAUUCAUUCUCUCACUGCUGCAUUUCUCAGGCUGUCCUCGUGACCUUCGCAACCACCAACGAGAAAACGGUAGCCGCGGUCCUCACCUGCAAGGCCGAAGUGGUAAGUUUGAGGGUGACAUGUUGGGUGAAAUCAGAAGCUUGGCUUGUCCCUGAAAUGCCCUCGACUUCCUCAGGAUCAUGCUGGCUUUUGUUGCUGCAGUGUGAUUACUUGUCUGCAUUCAGGCAAUCGUCUCUCUACUUUUAAUAAGCUGAGAUACAAACAUUUUGGCAACUUCCCUUCUCUCUCAGUGUGAGCCAGCAAACAAAUGGGGAUGUCUUUAAUUUAACUUACCCAUUUUCUCUGAAUCAGUAACUAUAGUUAAUAGCUCUGGGAUGAGCCAGGAUAUGAAGUCAACUGCAAACCAUGGUUUAGUGUCCUGGCUUGUUACAGAAGCUGUUAACCAUAAUUUCUCAGAUUGCAGGAAACAGGAAAGGCAGCUGGACCACAGCCCUGGGCAGCACAAGCAUGCUUACUUGGGCUGAUGGGUACUGUAGUCUGAAACAUCUGGAGGGCACCAAGUUGGGGAGGGCUGAACUAUAGCUGACAGCUUCGUAGUUGGUUUGCUGGUUUGUGUGAAAGGAGGCAGCUAGUCUUGUUUUAUAUCUUGGUUUGUUCAUUCUUGUUACCUGAGAUUCUCCCACUGUGUGACUUUGGAAACCUUGUGGUAGACUUAUUUUGUGUUAAAGAAUAAAAUUGCAGAAGGCAAUUGCCCACACUCUGAAAUUAGGUCUUCUUGUGAGCCAAAAUACUGGUGAGUUCAAAGAGGGCAUUAUUGCUUUGUUUUUUAAAUAACAACAAAUUAAGUAGUAGCUUAAAUGGAUGCUAUUUAUAGUGGUUUCAAAUGCUCAGAGUGCUGCAUGUGGAUUAUCUUGUGAUCCACACAACAACCGUGUAAAGUAGGCCUGCAUUAUCAUCCCCCUUACCAACUGCAACAUGGCAGAUGAUAAUGCGUCUGACACUUGGAAGGAUGUGAACACCCAGGCGCCAGAGCUAAGGUUGUGCAGUGGCUGAGAGGCUGAGCUAUGGCUCGCAAAGUCCCCAGGUCAAAUCUGGCCUGCCAUGAACUCGCCACUCACCUCUGACCUCAUGUCAGCUCACAAUCUAUGGUUUGAGAGAGGCCACCAAAUCAGCAUAGCACAGCAUGAUUUGUCCUGACUGUGGUUUGUUGGUACGUCUGUGUUCACCAUCCAUUGACAAGCUACGGUGAGAACUGUCCUUUUGCCUUAAUGACCAUGGAGACAGGAGUGAACUUCUGAAGCUGAUGGAAAAUGGAAGCAGGCGGCACUUCCUGUCCUAAGUUUGGAAGCUCAGCAUAAUGGUCUAGGUUCACAUCUGUAGUAAGCAAAAACUAUGAUUUCAAGUGUAACAGGAAACCUUGGCCUUAUGUUAUGGCCUUAUGACCAUGAGGUAGCACAAGCCUUGGGUCUGCACACUUUCCCCUCUCCUUUCCCAUCUGAAAGAAGAGGUUUUAAGGACGUGGGUGGCGCUGUGGGUUAAACCACAGAGCCUAGGACCUGCUGAUCAGAAGGUCGGUGGUUCGAAUCCCCACGACGGGGUGAGCUCCCGAUGCUUGGUCACUGCUCCUGCCAACCUAGCAGUUCAAAAGCAUGUCAAAGUGCAAGUAGAUAAAUAGGUACCGCUCCAGCGGGAAAGCAAAUGUUGUUUCCGUGCGCUGCUCUGGUUUGCCAGAAGUGGCUCAGUCAUGCUGGCCACAUGACCUGGAAGCUGUAUGCCGGCUCCCUCAGCCAGUAAAGCGAGAUGAGCGCCGCAACCCCAGAGUCGGCCACGACUGGACCUAAUGGUCAGGGGUCCCUUUACCUUUACUUUGGUUUUAGAGCCAAGGGCAGUUCGCCGUAGUAGUAGUAAUAAUUUAUUAUUUAUACCCCGCCUAUCUGGCUGGGUUUACCCAGCCACUCUGGGAGGCUCCCAACUGAAUAUUAAAAACACAAUACAGCAUUAAACAUUAAAAACCUCCCUAAACAGGGCUGCCUUAAGAUGUCUUUUGAAAGUAAGAUAGUUGCUUAUUGCCUUGACAUCUGUUGGGAGGAUGUUCCACAGGGCAGGCGCCACUACCGAGAAGGCCCUCUGCCUGGUUCCCUGUAACCUCAUUUCUCACAGUGAGGGAACCGCCAGAAACCCUCGGCGCUGGACCUCAGUGUCCGGGCUGAGUGAUGGGGGUGGAGACGCUCCUUCAGGUAUACAGGACCGAGGCCGUUGUACACCAAUGCAAGGACCUGUGGUUAGUUCCAACUGUGGCGAGUUAGAACAAAUUGGGAUCAAGCCAUGCUUCAAUACCUUUGUUUUUAAAAAAAACUCAACUGAGUUAGAACAAACCACAGUUUCCUGAGUUUGUGCACAGUGGGGAGCUAUUAAUAAUUAUAAAAGCAGAUGUUUUCAAUCUUUCCUUGCAUGCAAAGGAGGAGCAAGGAGGGUGAGAGCAUGACCCUUUGAUUCAUGUAGGCUCGUUCUUGGGACAGGAAACCAUGGUUUUCCAUUAUGUCUGAACCAGGUUUACCCUGCAUUUGAAGUGUGUGGUUUAAAGUGCUAGGGUUUAAAUGUAUUUUGUGCACCCCACCCCACCGCAAUCUUCACUCCUUGGGUCAGGUAGCUACUCUGUUGCUCGUGGUGACACUGCGUGCAUGACGGUGGCCUUAAUAUUAAAUCCUACCCCCCCUUUCUUUUAAUUUCUUCUGAAUGACACUUAAGGAAUCCUUAUCCUGCCACAACCAGUCCUACGUAAUUAACCUGUACUUGGCUGAAACUGGGCAGAGGCUGCUGGAUACCAUUAUCAGCUUCACCUUGGAGAAAACUUCUACGAGGCCAGAACAGGUAUGGGGAGUGGUCUUGGGGAGAGAGCGGGAGCAGAGGGGCCUUGGUGGGUGUCUGAAUUUUCUGUGCUGUCCACAGGCAACACAGUGGGCGAGACUAUAUAUAUUAAUCACAAAUUGUAUUGGGGGGGCAGCUCAGAGCGGACCCAUUGAAAUUGAUGGACCUAAGUUCUCAAUUCUCCUCAAAGUAGACUCGGUGAAAUUAUGACCUACUUAAGCCCAUUAAUUUUGAAAGGUCUGCACUUAUUUAUUUAUUUGUUAUUUAUGCCCCGCCCAUCUGGCUGGGCUUCCCCAGCCACUCUGGGCGGCUUCCAACAAAAUAUUAAAAUACAGUAAUGCAUCAAACAUUAAAAGCUUCCCUAAACUUAAGUAAAACUUGGUUGGAUUCAAUCCAAGUUUCCCCUCCAAAAUAAAGUUAAUAUGAACAACAGGCCUCAAUCAUAUAACUACCCACACCAACACCAAGAAUCUUAGCAGUCUUCUCAGAAAGCUCUAAGUUGCUUCCUUGAUUGGUUGGACAUCUUGCUAAUCCUGCAAGCUGAUAAUAAUAAUAAUAAUAAUAAUAAUAAUAAUAAUAAUAAAAUAAAAUAAUAAAUUAUUUAUACCCUGCCCAUCUGGCUGAGUUUCCCCAGCCACUCUGGGCAGCUUCCAAUCAAGUGUUAAAAGCAAUACAGCAUUAAAUAUUAAAAACUUCCCUAAACAGGGCUGCCUUCAGAUGUCUUUUAAAGAGAAGAUAGCUGCCUAUUUCCUUCACAUCUGAAGGGAGGGCGUUCCACAGGGCGGGCACCACUACCGAGAAGGCCCUCUGUCUGGUUCCCUGUAACCUCAUUUCUUGCAAUGAGGGAACCGCCAGAAGGCCCUCGGCACUGGAUCUCAGUGUCUGGGCUGAAUGAUGGGGGUGGAGACGCUCCUUCGGGUAUACAGGACCGAGGCCGUUUAAGGCUUUAAAGGUCAGCACCAUGAUACCCUGAUGCUCCAUCCACCCCUUCCCCCUUUUUCUUUCAGCUUUACAUUCAGGUGUUUCUGAAGAAAGAUGACUCCGUGGGCUACCGAGCCCUGGUGCAGACGGCGGAUCACAUGCUCUCCUUCCUUCAGCAACCAGGUGACCUUUCUGCUGUGUUGCACAGUUCAUUUAUUGAAUUUAUUCCCCACAGAGCUCAAGGGGGCAUAUGCAGUUCCCUCUCUCAUUUAAUCCCUGUGAGGUAAGUUAUUCUGAGAGGUAGGGGUGAGCUUCAUGGCCCAGUCUCUUAGUUUGCUAGUCUGACAUUCUAACCACUACCCCACACUCCAAGCUUUACCUUUCUGGUAACUGGACGACAGAGAGCUGGCUUUGCCAAUGGCCUAAGAAGGAGAAUUAGAAGCCCUGGCUGUCUUUCCAAGCAAGUGUUUCUAGGAUUGCAGUCUAAGAGAGGCAUCUGCCUCAGAGUAGACCUGUUCUAACCAAUGGAGCUAAGUAAGAUUCAUUCAUUUCCGCUAACACUGGAUACACUGGAUUCCGCUAACACAGGAUACAGCCCCCCUCCAUAUUUCCUUUUACGACCGCCUAUGCACGCGGGUGGCGCUGUGGGUUAAACCACAGAGCCUAGGACUUGCCAUUCAGAAGGUUGGCGGUUCGAAUCCCCGCGACGGGGUGAGCUCCCGUUGCUCGGUCCCUGCUCCUGCCAACCUAGCAGUUCGAAAGCACAUCAAAGUGCAAGUAGAUAAUUAGGUACUGCUCCGGCGGGAAGGUAAACGGCGUUUCUGUGCGCUGCUUUGGUUCGCCAGAAGAGGCUUAGUCAUGCUGGCCACAUGACCCGGAAGCUGUACGCCGGCUCCCUCGGCCAAUAAAGCGAGAUGAGCGCCGCAACCCCAGAGUCGGCCAUGACUGGACCUAAUGGUUAGGGGUCCCUUUACCUUUACCUAUGCAUCUCUUGUUUUUUCUCCGCAGGGAAAGUUUUGUGGAGCAGAGAAGAGUCUUUGGCUGAAGUGGUCAGCUUGCAGAUGGUGGAUCUUCCCCUGACAGGCGCGCAGGCAGAGCUGGAGGGUGAAUUUGGGAAGAAAGCAGGUAAAGCCACAGGUGGUGUUUCUUUCCCUUUCCCAGUCCUGUCGAAACUCACAAGACCCUCCUGGUCAACAAGGCUGCUUGGUAGUGUUGCACAGGUGGAUUGCAAUUUAUUAUUCACCCUUGACCCUAAAGGUAACAACAGUUAAAGCACAACAUUAAGAACAACUUUUAAGAAGAUAAAAUUACAAAAACAAGGUGGGUCCUAAAAUAUUCAUCUCAUGUGUCAAAAGCUGGGGUGGGGGUGGUGUAAAGAGGCGCAUCUUCAGCAUUCUCCAAAAGCUGUGUAAUGAAGGGGCCAAAAUCAUCUCUGCAGGGAAGGUUCCACAACUUAGUUGUUACAGCUCUGAUACUGUGGCUUUUGUUCUUACUCCAGUGAGUACAUUUCAAAUAUUUUCUGCUUUGUCUUUUUUGCUGUCAUGGAACCAGCAAUUCAAGGUAAUUCUCCAGUUGUCUUUUUCACUUGCUUUUCUUCACAAUCUUGCUUUGGAAAGGUGUGUGUGUGUGUGUGUGUGUGUGUGAGAGAGAGAGAGAGAGAGAGAGAGAGAGAUCUGUGUCAAUCUAUGGGGCUCUAUCUGUCUUCCAUGAGCUUCCUUGGUCCUGUUGAGUUGUGCUUGCUGUCUGGACCACACGGCUCCACAAACAUGCUCUCCUGCUCGCCAGCAGUGAGGAACUUUGUCCCCUGUCCAAGAUUGCCUGUCCUUCUCCCAAGCUUGGAAGAGGAUGAGGGAUUUCACACAGCUUCAAGCUUUCUUUAUUAGAGAGGCUCAGAAAUGUCAGCCAAGUUAAGAAUAUGAGAAAGCAAGAGCAAUGCUGAAUUGGUGCAGUGGCUCGUCUGGUCAUGCUACAGGCUCUUCCCUCUAUAUUAACCUCUGCUUAAUUUUUGGGUGUGACACGUUCUCUCUAUCCCUUUCCAGAUGGUCUCCUGGGCAUGUUCCUGAAGCGCCUGUCCUCUCAGCUCAUCCUCCUCCAGGCCUGGACCGCUCACCUUUGGAAGAUGUUUUACGACGCCCGUAAGCCCCGCAGCCAGAUCAAGAACGAAGUCAACAUUGACAACUUGGCCCGGGAUGAGUUUAACCUGCAGAAGAUGAUUGUGGUGGUCACAGCUUCUGGAAAAGUGAGGAGUGUGCUUGUGAGCCAGAAACUUAAGUUAUAUAAGAGAGCUCUGCUAGAUCAAGGGUCAAGUCUUAUCUGUAGUUUAGUGGCAGAGCGCCUGUUUUGUAGGACUGGGAAUGUCCCCUGCCUCUGGAAACUUUGGAGAACCGCUGCCAGCCAGUGUCAACAGAACUGACCUAGGUGGACUCAAGGGUCUGACUUUGGUAUAAGGCAGCUUCCCAUAUUCCUAUGUGUCCCACUAUCGUCAACCAGAUGCCAUGGUGGGAAACUCACAAGUAAGGCAUGAAGGCAAUGGCCUCACGUUAAGAGGUGGUAGACUGCCACUGAACAUGGAGGUUGCACUCCUGACUCUUGUGGCUAAUGAGAACAUUAGGAAGAGUCUCACUGGAUCAGCUCAAAGGCAGCCACCCUCUUCCAUCAUGCACAAUAUUUAAAUCAUAGGAUUGUAGAGUUGGAAGGGACCCAAAGAUUCAUCUAGUCCAUGGGUAUGCAAACUAAGGCCUGGGGGCCAGAUCCGGCCCAAUCACCUUCUAAAUCCGGCCCAUGGACAGUCCGGGAAUCAGCAUGUUGUUACAUAAGUAGAAUGUGCCCUUUUAUUAAAGAUGCUGUCAGGGCUGCCUCAAGUCUCAGCUCACAAAAGACCAACGCCUAUCUCUUCUUAUAUACAAAAGUGUUUAUUGCAGUUCAUUGUUUGCUUCACAUCCGAGGCGCGCAGCCCUACGUCUCCUACGCUUAGACCGCUGAAGUCCCCUCUGAAUCCGUCCCUCCCCUGCACCAGUUUAAGAGGCUUGCGCUGCUCCACCUCUUUCUCUCUUUCCUUUUCCGCAGGGUCCUUCUGCCCGCUGGGGUUUCGCCCCUCCUGGAUUCCUCUGACGCGGAAUCAGACUGCUCUUGCCUCCUCCUGUGGGCUUUGGGACCUGGCCCUUCCUCCAGGCUCCCUGUACUUCCGCGCGUCUCUACAUUUGAACUUGGCGCGCGCGCCAAACCUCUAACUUUCCUUUUGACAGUUACACUACUCCCUUCACUGCUCCCCUCCCCUUCCGGGAGGGUGGCUUGCUCUGACCUCCCUCCCUUCUCUGCUGCCGGAGCUGCUCCCCUGAUACACUGGAAACUCCACCCCCUUCGCUGCACUCUGGUGGGGAGGCUGGUCCUGACGCCCAGCUGCCACUUUGGGAUCCUCCGCUGGCCCCCUGCUCCUGACACGUCCCCCCUGGGGCUCCCUGGCCUUGACCACCGGCGCCCCUUCUGGGAAUCCUCUGAUUCGCUGGAAAGACUCAUGGAAUCUCUUGAGUCAUUGUCAUCCUCUUCCUCGCUGGCUUGGGAUUCAUCCCCAUCGCUCUCCAUCUCCUGCCUACCCUGUGCCUCUCUCCCUGAACCCCUGACAGAUGCAUUUCUGGGUUAUUUGUGGGGCGUAGGAAUUUGUUCAUUCCCCCUCAAAAAAAUAUAGUCCGGGCCCCCACAAGGUCUGAGGGACAGUGGACUAGCCCCCUGCUGAAAAAGUUUGCUGACCCCAAUCUAGUCCAACCCCUUACAAUGUGGAUCACCAAAUGCUGUUGUGCCUGCUUGCUGUUGUGCCAUCAAGCCUCUUUGCCAUAUGAACCCUUGUGGCUUGACCAUUGUGUGGUCUUUGUGUUCUCUGUCCAGCUCUUUGGAAUCGAAAGCAGCUCUGGGACCAUCCUGUGGAAGCAGUACCUCCAGGACGUGCAGCCGGGCUCGUCCUUCAAGCUGAUGGUCCAGAGGACGACUGCCCACUUCCCCCACCCUCCACAGUGCACCCUCCUUGUCAAGGAAAAGGUCAGGACCCAUGUCUGUGAUGGCCAGUUUGGACUUGGGAGAUAUUGUAGGGGGGAAGUUCGUCUGUGGGUAGCUAGCAAGGCCUGAGUUUGAAAACUAAAUUGAAAAUAGAAUUGCCAGUAUCAUAAUACCAGUAUACAAAGCUGUAGUGCAACUGCAUUUGGAAUACUGUGUACAGUUCUGGUUGCCUCACCGCAAAAAGGAUAUCGCACAGUUGGAAAAGGUUCAGAAAAGGGCAACCCAAAAUGUUGAAGGGGAUGGAACGACUCCCUUAUGAAGAAAGGCUGCAGUGUUUGGGAUGUCUUACUUUAGAGAAAAGGCAAAGAAGAGGCAACAUGGUAGAAGUUUAUAACAAUUUUGCGUGGCACGGAGACAGUGGAUAGAGACAUUUUUAUCCCUCAUAUCACUGGAACUUGAGGGCAUCCAAUGAUGCUGAUUGUGGGAAGAUUCGGGAGAGAGAAAUGAAAGUCUUUCUUCACGUAGCACAGAGUUAAACUAUGGAACUUGUUCCCACAGGAGGCAGUGAUGGCCAGCAACCUAGAUGGCUUUAAAAGAGGAUUAGAGAAAUUCAAGAAGAAGGAGAGGGCUGUCAGUGGCUACUAGCCAGAAUGGCUAUGCUCUGCAGCCAGGAGGCAACCAUGCUUCUGAAUAUUGGUUGCUGGAAAGCCACAGGAGGGGAGAGGGGUCUUAUGCUCAGAUCCUGCUUCUUGCUUUGAGGCCACUGUGAGAACAGGUUGCUGGACUAGAUGGGCCAUUGACCUGGUCCAGCAGGCUCUUCUUGCGUUCUUAUGAGCUUCCUGCCCCCGUGCCUCUUCCUCUCCCAGGAGACCGGCAAGAGCUCCCUCUACGUCUUCAACCCCAUCUUUGGCAGGUGGAGCCAGGUGGCCCCUCCGGUGCUGAGCCGCCCCAUCCUCCAGUCCCUGCUGCUCCCCAUCAUGGACCAAGAUUACGCCAAAGUUCUGCUUCUGAUCGACGAUGAGUUCAAGGUGCGCUCUGCCUCAUCCUUCGGUUAUGCGGAAAGCCUCUUGAAAAACCCUCACACGUCUUUGACCUGUCCUUCCUUCCUUCCUUCCUUCCUUCCUUCCAGGUGACAGUGUUCCCAGCGACAAGGAACGUCCUCCGGCAGCUUGAGGAAAUUGCUCCGACCGUCUCUUUUUACUUGGCAGACACUGAACAGGGCAAGUUGAUGGGACGGAGGCUGCAAAAGGUACUUAGCUCUCAUUUCCCCCUUGUGAAGGUAAAGGGACCCCUGACCAUUAGGUCCAGUUGUGGCCAACUCAUUUCGCUUUAUUGGCCGAGGGAGCCGGCAUACAGCUUCCGGGUCAUGUGGCCAGCAUGACUAAGCCGCUUCUGGCGAACCAGAGCAGCACGCGGAAACGCCGUUUACCUUCCCGCCAGAGCGGUACCUAUUUAUCUACUUGCACCUUGACGUGCUUUCAAACCGCUAGGUGGGCAGGAGCAGGGACCGAGCAACGGGAGCUCACCCUGUUGCAGGGAUUCAAACCGCGACCUUCCGAUCGGCAAGCCCUAGGCUCUGUGGUUUAGACCACAGCACCACUUGCGUCCCUUUCCCCUUGUUAAGAUGGCGUUAAAUACUCUGUGUGUUGUUGUAGGCCUGUAGCUGAGUGGUUUAGUGCCCCCCCAUACCGCUGGUGUGUCCGUCAAGGUUUACCAACUCAGAAGUGAUGUCAUCAGUGGGCGCUCUCGGGCUUACUGUAGGGAUAUCGCGGAGUGGGGAGUGAGGUCCGGAGGGAGCACACUCUCCACCAGCAGGCAGCCACAGUCUGCCUGCACGUGUGACCCUGGGGUGCAGUUUUUCCUGCACCCCAGGGUCACACGUGCAGGCAGACUGUGGCUGCCUGCUGGUGGAGAGUGUGCUCCCUCAGGACCUCACUCCUCACUCCGCGAUAUCCCUACACUUACCCUGGAAGUGGAAGUUUGAACGAGCCCCAGUAAGCAUGGACAUUGAUGGUAGUUGUAGUUAAUCAAUUUCCAGAGGGCCAAAGAUCCCACACACCUGCUGCAGCGGGAUGGGGCUCUGUAUGCAUUAAGCUUCUUGUGCAGGGAAGUUGCAUGCAAGCAAAGAAUCGUGCUUUCAGUACAUCUCGGACUGGGGGCCUUAUAUUGGGAGGACGGGACUUUCUAGGAAUUGGCUUGACAUUUUUUAUAUCCUGGGGUUCUUGGCCAUGUGUUGCAGGACCUGACAACGGAGGAGAGCUGGGAGAUCAACAUCCCCCCUGACGUGCAGCGGAUCGUAACCAUCAAGGGGAAGAGGGCCAAUGAACACGUCCAUUCCCAGGGCCGGGUGAUGGGAGAUCGCAGUGUCCUUUACAAGGUAGGAGAGGGUGUGUGAACGUCCAGUGGGUCAGACAGCAUCACAUGCCUUUGCAGUUCUCAUAGGAAGAAUAGAAAGAUGCCUUAUGGUGAGCCUGGUUCUGUCUACCUCAAUAUAGCCUACACUGAUUGGCAGCAGCUCUCCAGGGUUUCAGGCAGGAUUCUGUCCCAACUCUACUUCGAGAUGCUGCCACGGAAUGAACCUAGGGCCUUCUGUAUGCAAAGCAAAUGCUCUAAUGCUGAACCUUGGCACUUCCUCGUAAAAUAAACUUAAGAGCUUAGUCCUCAUGAUUCUUAAUAAAGAGCUGAUUUAUCGUAUUUUUUGCUCUAUAAGACUCACUUUUUCCCUCCUAAAAAGUAAGGGGAAAUGUGUGUGCGUCUUAUGGAGUGAAUGCAGGCUGCGCAGCUAUCCCAGAAGCCAGAACAGCAAGAGGGAUUGCUGCUUUCACUGUGUAGCGAUCCCUCUUGCUGUUCUGGCUUCUGAGAUUCAGAAUAUUUUUUUCUUGUUUUCCUCUUCCAAAAAUUAGGUGCGUCUUGUGGUCUGGUGCAUCUUAUAGAGCGAAAAAUACGGUAAAUAGAAGCAUAGGGAAUUUUCUUAUAUCUAGACAGAUCCCUGGGUCCACCUGGCUCAAUACUGUCUGGUUGGCAGCAGCUUUAAUAUUGAGCCAUUGUAAUUCCCCUUAAAAUAAACAAGAGCCUUGUCCUUGUGGUUCUUUAAAAAGGGAGCUGAUUGAAACUGAAACAUAGGGAACUCUCUUAUACCAAAUCAGACUGACCAUCUCAGUAUUGGUAACACUGACUGGCAGCAGUUCUCCAAAGUUUCAGACAGAAGAUUUUCCGAGCUGUACCUGGAGAAUUGAACCUGAGACCUGCAUGCAAAGCAGGUGCUUGAACACAGAGCCAUGGCACUUCUGUUGGGAUUACACUCCUCCCGAGCUGCAGAUAUGUGGAUUGUUGCAUGUUACAUAUCUGUUUACAUUCCAGCACCGAUUGCUGGAGUCCGUGAGCGGAACCUCCGCUCUGUAUUGCUUUUGUUUUCAGUUUCUCUCUGAGAAGACGGCAAGGAGAGAAGACAUGUUUUUCUUUGUCCUGAUUUAUGUAUAAUAAAUGCGUAGUUUAGUAUGUGUCCACGCCUCAAGCCUCACCUGUUGCGCGGUUUACACUGCUGAGAAAUGUGUGCUCAAGGCUGCUCAUCUUGAGUCACAGACGCACUUCGGAGGAGCAGAGGUCGAUGGAUCUCUGCAGCGGCAAGGCUGAGAGGGAGAUGCUCCAGCUGGGGCCGAGCCAGCUGGCUUUUCGUCCCCCGAUUCUGACAACUUCCCCAUCUGAGUCGCAUUGUUUCAUGCUGGGAAGGGAACACACAGGCUAGUUGGGCCUGUUUCAAGGUGUCAGCCUUUGUCUUGUUGCAGUCGUUGAACCCGAACCUGCUGGCGGUGGUGACGGAGAGCACGGACACCCACCCAGAGCGCACAUUCAUCGGGAUCCACUUGAUUGACAGCGUCACUGGCCGGAUCAUCCACUCCUCUGUGCAGAAGAAGGCCAAGGGGCCGGUCCACAUUGUCCACUCAGAGAACUGGGUGGUGGUAAGCAGUGUCCCCAUGCCUUACCCUUUCACGCAGGUGGAAUUUGUGAGACCAUCAUGAAGGAGUUGUGGAAGGAGAAAUGCCUUGCCUAGUGAGUUUGGGGUUUUAGUUAGGAUCAGCAGCAGUUAAAAUACCAUACAGUGGUACCUUGGUUCUCAAACUUAAUCCGUUCUGGAAGUCCGUUUCAAAACCUAAUCAUUCCAAAUCCAAGGCACACUUUCCCAUAGAAAGUAAUGCAAAAUGGAUUAAUCCAUUCCAGACUUUUAAAAACAAACAGCAAUUUAACAUGAAUUUUACUAUCUAAAUACCCCUAAAACAGCAAUUUAACAUGAAUUUUACUAUCUAAUGAGACCAUUGAUCCAUAAAAUGAAACCAAUAAUCAAUGUACUGUACUAUAAAAUAAAUAAGACCGUAUUGUAGAUGAUUAAAAAUAAAUAAAUUCUUACCUGCACUGAUGAUAGUCAUUGUUUGGAUGGGGGGCUUUUAUCCAUUUCUGCAGUCAUACAGUCAAUCAGUCAGUAGCUGAACUGGGUUCCACACAGUGACAAAAACAAAUUAAUCGAAAAAGCCUCAAAACCAAAAAUGCAAAAUAAAUAGCAAAAACAAAAGUGCCAAACCUAAUCCAUUCCAGCAGUCCGUUUGACUUCCGAAAUGUUCAAAAACCAAGGCGCAGCUUCUGAUUGGCGCAGGUGCCCUGGAAACAAUAGCUGACAGCUGCAUCAGAUGUUCGGCUUCCAAAAAAUGUUCGAAAACUGGAACACUUACUUCCGGGUUUUCGGCAUUUGAGAACCAAGGUGUUUGAGUACCAAGGCAUUUGAGAACCAAAGUACCAUUGUAUUAAAAGUAGUUUAGAUUGAUCGUUAUUAGUAUUUUUAUUAUUACUUCUGAGCCAGCUUUCUCCUCUCCCACCACAGUACCAGUACUGGAACGCCAAGGCCCGCCGCAAUGAAUUCACAGUGCUGGAGCUGUACGAGGGGACGGAGCAGUACAACGCCACGGCCUUCAGCUCCCUGGACCGCCCUCUCCUGCCCCAGGUCCUGCAGCAGUCCUACAUUUUCCCCUCCGCCAUCAGUGCUAUGGAGGUCACCAUCACAGAACGGGGGAUCACCAGCCGCCACUUGCUCAGUUAAGGAGUGGGCCGGGUUUUGAGCUUUCUGAUCAAUUGGGAUUUGAGAGUGUGGCCACCUUGAAGUGGUGAGGGAGCAGCCCCUUCCUUUCCGUUUCAGAACAUGCAGUGAAAGGCUUUCCCAUCAACUUCUACCAAAGGCCUAGUGGUCCGGGGUGGUGAGGAAUUUGAAGACCCUUUACUAUUUCUGCAGCAGGGUCUCUUGUCCCCAGUGUCCUAGAGCCACCCAAUCAGCAUGAAAUCGGCUUCUGAGCCACCGAGAAAGUGUCUUCUUACUUUUCAUGCCGAUUGGAGUGGAAUGAGGCAAGUCAGCCACUGAAGUUGGCUCCUAGGAUCACUCUAGGAGGCGUGUGGGAAGAACACCAAUGAGUUGUUCUCUAUGCUCCAAAGCUAAGCAUUUAGGAACAUGGAGAACUUAAGUUGCUUCUAUUUCCAGAGAAUGGUGCACAAGUUCUGUUAUGUACAGUGGGUUUUCAAGUAAAAUGUCAGACUUGCGUUCGACAGAGCAACUCCUCUGGAAUCGCCUCCGACAUGAUUAACGACCUGAGCCUCUGAUAAGGCUCCAAGCAAGUUCCCAUUACACAGAGUAUCCAGCACAGGGAAGGACGAGAAAUAUGACCUACAUGCUAAGAGUUUUAUUUCUAGUUACGCAGACAGAAAAGAAACAUCCUCUCUCUGUGAAAGCAGAGAGCAACUGAAAAACAAAGGAACAGGAAACCAGUAACAUCACAUCCAUCUCCUGUCUUCCGUGAGACUUCCAACAGCCUGGAAUGUCUCUGGAAUGCAAAACAGAGUCUUGUGACUCCAAGAGCACUGCACAGUGGCAACACACAGAAACCAACAGAAAGUACAACUUGGAUCACCCCGAAAGGAGAUACAGGAGACCUCCAAAUCAUUUGCCCGUGAAAAUAGUAAAUCUAGCUGAAAGGCAACACAUGGAGUUCUGCACUGCAAUGCAUUCCUGAUCAUGAUUACCGUAUAAUCUUAAAAAAAUGUAUAAUCUAACACUUCUGUUGCUCAGGAGGAAGUGUGAAUUCUGUGGCAAUUGUUGAAAUAACGUUUGCCGUGGUGUUUGUUUCAUUUGUAACUCUGCAGUUGGACUUCCUUCUGGGGCGAUCCUUUCACUCCCCAAGGCUCUGUUGGACCCGCGGCGGCCAGAAAUCCCUACAGAGCAAACUAGGUAAGGAAAUUGGGGUGGGUGUAACUCCUAGGCCUUUAGAGAAGCCUUUGAGUGUGUGCAGCAGGUUUUAGACAGUCAAGUCAUCUAGUAGAAGGACUGUAGGAAACUAGGAUUGGCCUCAGGUAGAAACCAGAUAGGUCCUGUUCUGUGAAGCACUCUUCCUUCCCUCAACAUUCACUUUUUGGUCUUUCUCUUGAAGUCCUUUUUAUGCUGCCAGGCUUUUGUAUGGUGUUUAAUUCUUAAUUGUUUUUUAUUUAACUAGUCAUCUUAAUGUUUUUCUGUAUCUUAAAUGUGGCACACUGCCCUGCUAUUUUACAUUGUGGCAGUACAGAAGUACUUUUAUAUGAGCAAGCUGCCUUGCCCCAAGCCAGACAGCUUGGCCAUCAAUAGUCCAGUGUGGUCCACUGUGAUUGGAUUCCGCUCUCAAUGAAUUCCUGCAGAAAAGAAAGGUCUUUCCCACAUUAUCAGGAUUGGGGAUUGGGGAACCUGUGGCCCUCCAGCAAUUACAGUGGUCUGGGAUGAUGGGAGUUGUAGUCCAGAAAUAUUUAGAAGGCCUCAACCUCCAGUCAUCAUUAUUGGUUCCACAACCCUGAAGUUCUAAACGGACCUUUUAUUUAUUUAAUUUAUUUAACAAAAUUAAGAUACCACUUUAUUGUGGGGAAACCUUUAAGCAGCUUACAAAGAAAUAUUAAAAUCAUCAGUAGAAUGCAACAUGAGAAGGGAGGGGGGCUUUGGGGAGUUUCCUUCAUUUUUCUUUUUUUUAAAAAAUUAAUAUUUAUUAAAGUUUCACAGAAAAAGAAUCACAUUAAUAAUAAAAAAAUUAAAAAAAUACACAAUACAAAAUACAAAAAGAAAAAAGAAAAAAGAAUUAAAAACAAUUCCGUCUUUUCAUAACUUCUUUUACAUUUACUUGUUUCCCGGACCUCCUCAUACCUCCCUCUUUUGUAUUCCAAUUCAGUUUGUUAGUCCAGCAAUUUCUUUCCCUCCUUUUUAGUCCCAAUCCUUAAUCCUAAUAUAUUGUAACAUUAAGUUUUUACCUAUUAAAAACCAAUUUUUCCAUUCUUUUAACCUUUUUAAUCCUAAUCCUUAAUCUUGAUAUAUUUAUAACUUUAAAACCUGUACAGCUAGAAGCCACUUAGCUUCAAUCCAACAUCACUCUAACAUUCAUUAAUUUUGCAAUAUUUCUGUAAAUAAUCUUUACAUUUCUUCCAAUCUUCUUCCACCAACUCUUCUCCCUGGUCACGGAUUCUGCCAGUCAUUUCCGCCAAUUCCAUGUAGUCCAUCAUUUUCAUCUGCCAUUCCUCCAGUGUGGGUAGCUCUUGUGUCUUCCAAUACUUUGCGAUAAGUAUUCUUGCUGCUGUUGUAGCAUACAUAAAAAAAGUUCUGUCCUUUUUUAACACCAAUUGGCCGACUAUGCCCAGGAGAAAGGCCUCUGGUUUCUUCAAGAAGGUAUAUUUAAAUACCUUUUUAAAUUCAUUAUAUAUCAUCUCCCAGAAAGCCUUAAUCUUUGGGCACGUCCACCAAAGGUGAAAAAAUGUACCUUCAGUUUCUUUACAUUUCUUUCAUUUUUUUCAUUUGUUUCCUUCUUUCUUUUUUAGUAUACUGCCUUUCCAUAUUGCUGUACACAAGGCAGCUGAAAAAACAACAAAAUAUACAGCAUAGAUCUCGCAUCUUUUAACAAUGUGAUCCAAUACAAAUACAGUAGGUCACAAUAGAAGAUGUGACUUAAAAUAAAGUAAUAUUCAGUAAUCCGUUAGAAUAUAGUAAUAUGUAAUAAAAUUAACUCUCAAAAUAUCAGCAAAUAAUAAUCGAACAGAAAUUCACUCUCAACAAUUUCAAUAAAUUAUACUCAAUGAAAAUAACGGCGAAGUUACAAUAUAUAAAAUACCACAAUAUGGGCGGGGGGGAGCCCCAUGGAGCAGUCCAAAUGAAUCUUGUGGAGAGGUGACUGAGCCUGUUGCUUGGAUGUCCUGCUCUUGCUUGCCUUUUUCCAGGGAAGAAAACUUGAUCCCGUAUUCCCCAGACGUGCAGAUCCAUGCAGAGAGGUUCAUCAACUACAACCAGACCAUCUCCCGAAUGAGAGGCAUUUACACGGCCCCGUCAGGCCUUGAGUCUACAUGUCUGGUGAGCCCUCAUAACUCCUCACUCGAACGAUGCACUUUCUUCAACAAGGUGGUGAUGGUCACAUGGGGCUUAGAUCAGGGACAGGGAAACUCUGGCCUGCCAGUGGCACCGUACAAGGACAGGAAUGGACUCCUUGGCCUGAUUCAGUACCCCCCUGCACCAACUAUAUCCAAAUAUUUGCUUGAGGCAGGACUCGGCUGUCCUCGGCCUUUUGUCACUUCUAUUUUCUUAAUUUCAUCCGCAGGUCGUGGCGUACGGCCUGGACAUCUACCAGACCCGAGUCUACCCCUCCAAGCAGUUUGACGUCCUGAAGGAUGACUACGACUACGUCCUGAUCAGCAGUGUCCUUUUUGGGCUGGUCUUUGCCACCAUGAUCACCAAGAGGCUGGCUCAGGUGAAGCUCCUCAACCGGGCCUGGCGAUAACCAGAUUUGCAGAAGCAAACCUGCUGGGGCUGGACAACAAAGACCCUGGUCCACAAGGAGAGGGAGGAUCUCAGCCACAUUGUUGAUUUGAUAGCUGUUACCCUGAUGGAACAAGAUCUGUGGGGUCCUUUUUUUGUCUGCAUCUCGUCUGCUGGAAUAGCUAAGCCCAGUUCCUCGUAGGAAAUGAGAAACGUCAGGAACAAGAAUAUGCUACGAAACAAAAGACUAUAAAGUUUUUAUUUUUUCCUUGGGAACUGGUCCAAGGUGGUCCGGGUGCUUUGUCUUGACUACCUUGUAAUGUAACACAACUGAUCCCAUCUCUGAAGCACCUUUGCCAUAAAAGUCAAUUUCCGGGUCUUCAGCCUGCAUCAUCACAUACAUUUUACUUGGGAGUAGGGGAGGGAGUCCCCUGCAUUUCUUGACCCAACAGUUUCUGAUCCACCCCUUACCCUCCCUGAAAACCCUUAACUCAAGAAAGCAGUUGAAAAAGACUGGAAUUGCAGUUGGGAGAAGAGGACAGUGGGAGCCAGCCUUCCUCAACCUGUUGCCUUCCAUAUUUUAGACUCCAGCUUCCAUCAGCCAGCAUGGCCCAGUGGUCGGGGAUAAUGGGAGCUGUAGUUUGAAUAACAUCUGAGGGAGGGGUGGGGGAGAUCAGGUUAGGUUAGGGUGGCAUAGGGGAAUUUUGGAAGUAUGCUAAUUAAAAUGGAGUUGAAUACAGAUCAGAUCAGCUUGACAUUUAAUAGCUCAGGGAAGGGGCAUUGGAGAAGAUGUGACUAUUAUGGUCUAAUAUUCUGGUUGUUGCACUGAUAUUUCCCCCCAUUUGAUCUUGUGUUCCUGCUGCAAACACACAUAAUUGUUUGACUGUUUCCUGUGAUGUUGAUGUCUUUGCUCUAGGGCUUGCCGUUUAAAUUACACUGACUGGUAUAAUGGUAAAUGUGACUGGUAGGCCUUGAAAACAUAUCCUGCAUUGGGGUGAAUGGAAGUACUUGAAGCUAGGUUUCCUCCCUUGAUAAUAUAAAAUAAAACAUUUAAGUUCUAAGUGAA